AUGGUUGAUCAGCUCCAAGGAACAUGGAAAUCCAUUUCUUGUGAAAAUUUUGAAGAAUAUAUGAAAGAGCUGGGUAUAGGAAGAGCCAGAAGGAAACUUGGCUGUCUGGCAAAACCCACGGUGACCAUCAGUACACAGGAAGGUCUGAUCACUAUAAAAACCAGAAGCAUCUUUAAAAAUAAUGAGAUCUCCUUUAAACUGGGAGAAGAGUUUGAGGAAAACACACCAGGUGGCCAUAAAACCAAGAGUGUGGUAAACUUAGAUAAUGACUCUCUGAUUCAAGUUCAGGACUGGAAUGGCAAAGAGACCACCAUAAAGAGAAAGGUGGUGGAUGGGAAAAUGGUGGUGGAAAGUGCCGUGAACAAUGUUAUCUGCACUCGGACAUACGAGAGAGUACAAACAAACUCAGCCUCCAACUCUUAA